AUGUCCAGCGAAGGAGACACCACCCUCAAGUCUAUCUGCUACAAGCCUGGCUCUCUUCAGUUACUCGAUCAGAGGAAGCUUCCUUUGGAGACUACUUACUUAGAGAUCCGUGAUACUGCAGAUGGAUGGAGUGCGAUACAGGAGAUGGUGGUACGUGGUGCUCCUGCUAUAGCCAUUGCUGCAGCUCUUUCUUUAGCUGUUGAAGUUUUCGACUUUAAUGGUUUUGAUGGAUCAUGUGAAGAUGCUGUUGCUUUUCUUGAGAAGAAGUUGGAUUAUUUAGUGUCAAGCCGGCCAACAGCAGUUAAUCUUGCAGAUGCUGCAUUGAAACUUAAACAAGUUGUAGCAAAGGCCUUGGCUUCUUCUGCCAUUGAGCCUAAGUCCAUUUUCAAGGCAUAUAUUGAAGCUGCUGAGAGUAUGCUCGAAGAUGAUGUCGCUUCAAACAAAUCAAUAGGAACAUUUGGUUCGAGCUUACUGAGGCAGCAAGCUAAAAAUCAUGACAAACUUUCCGUUCUGACCCAUUGCAACACUGGCAGCCUUGCUACUGCUGGAUAUGGUACUGCCCUCGGUGUCAUCCGUGCACUCCACACACAAGGAGUCUUAGAAAGAGCAUACUGCACAGAAACUCGUCCGUUCAAUCAAGGAUCAAGGCUUACAGCAUUUGAGUUGGUGCAUGAGAAAAUCCCUGCAACACUCAUUGCAGACUCAGCUGCAGCUGCGCUGAUGAAAGAUGGUCGUGUAGAUGGUGUCAUCGUUGGAGCAGACCGGGUGGCUUCAAAUGGCGACACUGCUAACAAGAUUGGGACUUACAGUCUCGCCCUGUGCGCGAAACACCACAAGAUCCCAUUCUAUGUGGCUGCGCCACUCACAUCAGUUGAUCUGUCGCUCUCGUCAGGGAAAGAGAUCGUUAUAGAGGAAAGAACGCCAAAGGAGUUGCUGAACACACGUGGAGGACUCGGUGAACGCAUCGCCGCACCAGGAAUAUCGGUUUGGAACCCGGCUUUUGAUGUGACUCCAGCUGCGCUGAUUGCAGGAAUCAUAACAGAGAAGGGAGUGGUAACAAAGAAUGGUAGUGAUGCAUUUGACAUCAGAAGCUUUGCUCAGAAGAUGAUUGGAAACUAA